AUGUCGGCGGGAAGACUGACUUACACCUGGCUUGAGAAUGGCAGGCCUGCGAAGAUUCCAGCACCGUCGUACAUCGUCCGAGUUCAGAGAUGGAUAGUUGGCAAGAUUCAUGACCCAAACGUCUUCCCUACCGAGCCUCCUCCUUCGAUAGCUGCCACAGCCUUUAUAUCCGGCGAUACAAAUAGCAAUUCUCCUGUUCCAGGAACACCAAUAGCAGCUGGUCCAACCAAUUUGAGUCAGUCACAACUGUCGGGUAGGGACGACUGGGUUGGCAAAGCAUCUGGUUUUCACCAAAACUUUCACAACGACACAAGGGGUAUCAUUAAGCAGAUGUUCAGAUGCUACGCUCACCUUUACCACAACCACUACGAGAACCCAUACUGGCAUCUGGGUAGACACCUGGAGCUGAACAGCUGUUUUGUUCACUUCAUGACCGUCGCCAUGUAUUACGAUCUUCUGCCCAAGAAGGAUAUGGAGCCACUGCAAGGUCUCGUCGACAUCUUUAUUAGUCAGGGUGUUAUUCCGAAAGAAGCGGUUCAGCAGCAUCAGAGUUGA